AUGAUAAGCAUUGCAAGUGGCAAUAGGCUCGAUUGCGGCUGGCCUGGCGAGAAUACUGCUGCACAGCUCAAGAAUAAGAAACUAAAGCUCCAUGUUCCGAAAAACGAAUGGAACGUUCGCCGGAAAAACUUCUACAAGCCCCUUUCCCGUUUGCACAAGGGCACGGUAAAGGGCAUAAUGGCUUGUUUACAUUUGGAUUCUCAGCUGAAAUCCAAAUCCCGUAACUCUCACCCUCCCAAGAAGCGUGCCCAAUCCCGUAACUCUCACCCUCCCAAGAAGCGUGCCCGCAAGUGUAGCCCUGCCAGGCCCUCCAAGAAGAACACCGGCAACAAAAAUACAAUCAGCUCCAAUCUGACCACCCGCAAGAAAACACCAAACUCGUCCAGUAAGCAUUGUAGAAGCAGGAAGACUGCUUCUGCUGCGCGUAACUUGGACAGUCCUAACUCCAACCAGAAUGAUCCUAACUCCGAGCCAAAUGACUGCAGCAACCCUUCCUCCAACCCAAACCAGUAG